AUGAACGAGAGCGACGAUCUUCGGAGGAAGGGAACGGUGCGGUUGUUGUGCGAGGAACUGGCGGGGGAACUAGAAGCGGAGCGAGCGACGGGACUGUCGGUGGAGCGGAAGGUGUUGUGUGCGCUGCGCUUCUUCGCCACCGGGAGCUUCCAAGCGUCCGUUGGGAGCGAGGAGACGAUUCGUGUGUCGCAGUCGACAGUCAGCGAGUGCGUGCGACGGGUGGUAGAGGUUGUUGUGAACGCCGGGGCGCGCAACAAGUGGGUUCAUUUUCCGAAGGCGCUGGUGGAAAAGGCAGCCGUGAAGGAGGGUUUUCUUCGGCGCGGUGCUAUCCCCGGCGUCAUAGGAUGCGUGGAUGGCAGCCUCGUAGCUAUUGUAGCCCCGAAGGGUGAGCGCAAGGCUGCGUUCAUGUGCCGCAAGGGAUACUACGCCCUCCACUGCACAUUUAUCUGCGAAGCGGACAUGAAAAUCUUGGCCCUGGACCCUCUGCGACCGGGGUCGGACCACGACGCUUUCGUCUGGCGGACGACAUGGCUGCGCCGGCGGUUUCAAGCGGGCCGCAUCGUGAAUCCCGGGGAAUACCUCCUCGCAUACACUUGCAGCACCUUUGGGACUAAUGACACAAAGGACAAGGCUAGCCUGGUGACCAUGCUUGCCAAGUGGAAGUAGUGUAAAUAUUUAGUCUCUUUCCAUAAUAAUAUAAGAUAUGUAUUUAAGAAAUUCAUCUAUUAUAUCAUGCAAUAAAAACACUUAAUUCAU